UAAAUGUACACUCAAUAUUAAAAAAUAUUAUCAUAUAAAAAAAGUUUGCUAGAUUUACGAUGCUAAAUAAGGCGGAAACGCGUCAUCACAGUCACAGUGAAAAAGGUCUCAAAUAAACGCGAUGGGUGACGCGGACAGUCUGGACGGAUGGGUCGCCGUUAAACCAGAUGCGUUCGACGACAGCGAGACCCAUAAACUCAAAUUUAUCGUGGAGUGGAACGAGAUCGAGACCAAGUUCGCGGUGACGUGCCAUAACCGCACGCUGCAGCGGCGCGGCGACGCGAGCGGCAGCUGUGCUGGUCUGUUCUCCAGCGAGCACCUGACACACUUGCACUCGCAGCUGAGCGCGGUGCGGGACGAACUCGAACCGCUCUUCCCGGACCUGACAGGCUUCCGCGAGCCGAAACUAUGGGAGCUUCUGUUCUCUAGCGGGCCCCGGAACGACGCUGACGCGCCGUGCAGGCAGCUGGAGCGAUACUUCAGCGCCGCGGUGGACGUGUGCGGCCGCAGAAUCGUGCUGGACGCUCUCUUCAGCGUCAGUGACAGAGAUGAGGAGCAGUACUUCGAAGACAUGCACGAGUUUAAAUGCAACGCAAUGCGCGACCAGAUUCAACGCGCCAAAGACACGCUGCGCGCGCUUGUGCAGAGUCACUCUAGUGCUGAUGGACUUGUGCGCUUGAUGAAGAUCUAUGAGGAGGAGGAUGAAGAGUACAGAGAGUUAGUCAGUGUGGCGACACAGUUCUACCAAAAUCAUCUUCAGCCAUUCAGAGACAUGAGAGAGCUUGCCACACUCUACAGGACUGAGAUCAUGAAGUGUCUGCAAAAUGAAGAUCUAGGACCGAAGCGUGUGUGUGAAUUGGAGGCAGAGAUGCAUGAAUGGAAUCGGCGUGGAGAGAAGUCUGUUCACUCUAUACAGGACGCCACUGUGGAUUACUUUAAAGACACAUCUAAAGCCCUGACAGGUAUGGUAAAACAGAUGGAGCAGGAUCGGAAGCGAUUUGGCCACUCCUCUUGGGCAAUGGCCACACCCCGGCAAGAGAGACUACGUUUACUAUUGGCUAAAGAGACCUUGCAGUAUAUGAGGGCCAAAGAGAUGUGCAUCAAACGCAAGAAAAGCAACAUACGAGAAAAGAUGCAUAGUAUUGCAGGGGGCGGAGCGGAGGGUGUGAGCACGGUCAGGACACUAGAGCUGCAAUAUUAUGAGACGCAGCUGGAGCUGCAUGACUGCAAGUUUGAGAUCCUGAAAAAUGAAGAACUGCUCCUGCAAACGCAAAUCCAGACCAUCCAACGACAACUAAGAGAGCUGCAGGAGCAGGUGGUGUAUUAUGACACCUGUGAGGACCCCGAGGAGCUGCAGGAUGUUCAGGUGAAUGUAAGCCCCGCCCAGAAACAACUACAGCAACACCUGAAACAACUGGAGCGUCAGAGAGGAGCGAUUUCAUCACGCAGAGCUCAACUGAGAAACCAACGGGAGAUGUGUGUUCAGGCGCACGAGCUGCAGCAGCACUCAGUUGCAGUGCGAUCUGAGCAGCACCGCCAGCAUCACGCCGCACAGCUGAAGCGAGAGAAGAGGAGAGUUGAGGAUGAGAAGAGGAAGCAGUGGGUGGAAAGAGAGAGAGAAAAAACGCUCAACAGGCUGCGCUCAUUCAGAGAGAGACAUCAGGGUCAGUAUAUUUUAAAGACAGCUCAUGUGAGGCCAGUAUCGCAUGACUCCAGCUGCGAUGACUCCUCCCAGCCCCUGUCAAUCAUCAGUCUGGAACCGCAGAGCUCCACCCCCUGCAGGAAGGGGCGGAGUCUGAAGCAGCGUGACAUCCCGGUCCAGAUUCUGUUGCCUGCUGGAGGUGCAGGAGCAAAGCCUGAGCAGACUAUAACACCUCCAUCUCCUCCUGUCCUACCCCUUCCUUCCGUCCCACCCCCUCCUCCUCCUCUUCCUCCCCCUCCUCCACCCAUCAGUGAGAAGCUGCCAAUCAAAAACAGUCUGGAGCAGAAUGCAGGGUCAAUGGACGAGCUUUUAGCGUCGCUGCAGCGUGGACAGAAACAUCUGCGAAAGGUUACGACCUCCACAGACAGCGAUGUCAGAGAUAGCCUCAUGUCAGCCAUCCGUCUGGGUGUGAUCCUGAAGAAAGUCCCGCCCCCUACACACGGCGCCUCCCACAACACAGACUCUGAGCUGGAGCGAAGCAUCAAAGCCGCUAUGAUGAGGAUGAAGAAGAUCUCAAAUGACUCUGACGAUGAAGAGGGCUCAGACACGCCAUCUGGAGACUGGGACAGUUAAACACACGACAGCCUUAACCAUCUGUGAUCUGAAUGCUGCUGUUCAAAGACUAAUGGUUAUAAAGCCAAAGGCUGCAGGUUCCGUCAUCGUCAGUUCCUGGUGUAAGUCACUCAGGGUAUGAAGAGAAUUGCCAGGGAAAGCUCCAACACCACCCAAACAGGUUAUAAAUGCCACAGGUUGGGUUUCUGCUUUGGGUGUCUUGAUUGUAGGUGACUUAUUAGUCAUAUUUAAAGGAAAUCGCUUUGGGUUUUGGCAAUGAAAUGUGCCAUAAAAGAAGAAUAUAUAAAGUUAUUAACAGUGAAUUUGGCUGUUAAGCUGAAAAAUAGACAAAUAUUGCACUGAACAUUUUAAACUGUCAAAGCACUACUACAAGUUAAUUUCUUCUCUUCCGUCUCAUUUUUGAUGAGUUCUAUUCGAUUUUUUAAUUGUAAGAAAAAUUGAGUAAAAUGCUGAAGUGCCUGA